AUGAAGAUACAUGUAUGUGCAUGCGUGUGUGCUUUUUUGGGUGAAGCAAGAUGGCCGACCAAUGGCUUCAUGCGGUCAGCAGGGACGCCCCUUCCAGUAGUAUAGCGUUCAGUGGUUAGGACACAUUGGUUUAAACAAGACAGUUUUUAAUAGGUAGACAUGACACUGGUGAAUGUGAUAGCUGUAAAGUUACUCUUACUGCUCUACUGAAAGUAGAGCGCGUUCUUAUAAAUGGCGCUAGGUACGACAGAGAAAGAAAUACUAUAAGAGGAAAAUGGUGGACAUGGAAGAGACAUUCAGCAGAAAAUAUAUCCUAAGUAAACCAUCUGAGGAUAAGGUUACAAAAUGUCAGAAUUUCUUAGCGACCAGUCACAUCCGGAGGGUGGCGGUAGUGAACUAACAUGUGCAUUAUCCACCAUUAAACGAAGAAGAAGAAGAGGAGGAGCAAGAAGAAGAAGAAGAAGAGCAAAGAGUCACAAACCGGAAGCUCAAGAUUGUCUCACCGGAAAUGGUUGGAAAUUGGGCUCGUCACCAAAAAUGAUGUCAAACCCGAAGCUGUAAACAGGAGUGAUAGGUGUUAGUUUGCGUUGUUCUGUGUACACGGACAGUUCGCCGAGUUGAGGGCCAUGGAAGAUGAUAUACUGACCACGCUGAAAAUAUUAAUCAUCGGAGAAAGUGGCGUCGGAAAGUCAAGCCUCCUCCUCAGGUUCACAGAUGAUACUUUCGACCCCGAGCAAGCGGCCACAAUCGGUGUUGACUUUAAAGUGAAGACCAUCUCCGUAGAUGGAAAUAAGGCAAAGCUGGCGAUAUGGGACACUGCGGGACAGGAGCGGUUCAGAACCCUGACACCCAGUUACUACCGAGGUGCCCAAGGAGUCAUCCUAGUGUAUGAUGUCACUAGACGAGAAACGUUUACCAAACUGGAGAACUGGCUGAACGAGCUGGAGACAUACUGUACGAGGAACGACCUUGUGAAAAUGCUUGUUGGAAACAAAAUUGAUAAGGAAACGCACGAGCUAGACAGGGCAGAAGGGCUGAAGUUUGCAAGAAAACAUUCCAUGCUUUUUAUAGAGGCCAGCGCAAAGACCCGGGAUGGUGUUCAGUGUGCGUUUGAAGAGCUGGUGGAGAAGAUCAUACAGAGUCCAGGAUUAUGGCAGAGCGACAGCCACGGCAGGGGAGUGCAGCUCACCGAUGAAGAUGCAGGAGGUGGCACCUGUGGUGGAUACUGCUCGCUGGUCUAGACAACACACACACAUACACACACACGGCAUUUUCCAACAUCGCCACAUGGUGACACAAACCGUUGCUUCCGUCCUCCCCUGCCCUCACUUUUCGUGUCGUCCUGAGCCGAGCGCACAGACUGUGGGGCCGGACCGUCCCCCCUGCCC